AUGGGUUCAAACAGCACCCGUGGUCGCAUUCUGGUUGUUGGGGCUGGCUAUGGAAGUCUGUCUUGCGCUAUUGAGCUUCACCGAAAGGGUUUCGAAGUCGAGGUCCUUGAAUCUGCCUCGAAGCUCACCACACAAGGUAUGUCGCAAAUUCUGGAAGUCCGCGAAAUGUUGAUGCCCCAGACUUACGAAAAGGAAGGUGACAUGCUACAAUUCAGCUCAAAUGCUAGUAGAGUUAUGAGAACUUAG